AUGUGUGGUAUUUGUUGCGUGGUCAGCCUGUCCACUCGUCCUCCUGACAGUUGGCUCUUGAAAGAGGGAAUUGAGUUCAGUCUUAGAAGAAGGGGGCCGGACAGCAGCCAACAGCUGGUCAAAUCCGUCCUCCAUCCCCCGUAUCAUUGCUUAUUUUCUGGCCACGUGCUUCACUUAAGGGGGCUAAUGACUCCUCAGCCCCUGGAAGAUCCCACGACUGGAAACAUUUUCCUUUGGAAUGGAGAAAUCUUCAGCGGAAUCCGUGUGGAGGUUGAAGAGAAUGACGCUCGAGUUCUGUUCCGCCAUCUUUGUUCGUGUGGAAGCAAAUCGGACAUUCUCUCAGUCUUGUCUCCCAUUCGGGGUCCGUGGUCAUUUGUGUUUUAUCAGGCAUCUAGACAUUGCUUGUGGUUUGGAAGAGAUUACUUUGGCCGUCGCAGUUUGUUGUGGCAGUUUAAUGAGGACCGUAACAGCGCCUUUGCUCUCUCUUCUGUGAGCUCUGUUUCCGAAAUGGAUAGCCCGUGGCAAGAAGUUCCGGCGGCUGGAAUCUUCCAACUGGAUCUCCAGGUCUGUGCUAUGUCCAAAGGCGUGGUUUUAACGCUGCAUCCGUGGCAGAGUUCUUCCAGUGAAAAUGGAACUGAAGACGCGAUCAUUGGUGACCCAGGUCUGCUUUUGAAAGAUUUGCCAAGUUACGUGGCUCUUGAAGUGAACAAACACCACUCGUUGGUCACGCCUGUCGUUCCUUUAAAUAUGAAGGUUCUUGAGCCACUGGAGGAAACCCGCUUCUCUGAUUUCGCCAACUGUGUGGCCAGUGUUGGAAUUCUUCAGAGAUUUCUUGUAGAGCCCCUCAGGAAGAAACUAGUUCAUCAGUUCAUUGCUGUUUUGAGCGAGGCAGUAAAGAAGCGAGUUUUGUAUGUGGUUAGAGAUACGAACCAGUUUGAAGGAGAAAUGUCGGAGAAUGUUUUGCGGCGGCCCCAUGUCGCCAUCUUGUUUUCUGGGGGCAUCGAUUCCAUCCUUCUAGCAAACUUGGCUGAUAGACACGUGCCUUUGGAUGAGCCCAUUGAUCUUCUCAACGUGGCCUUUGCCAAUCCCAAUGAAGUUGGACAAAACAAUUCCUCUCAGAAACGCAAUGAGAAAAGACAGUGGCCUCGUUCAGAAUGCCGUAACAAUGCCGAUAUGGCAGUCGGUGAUCCUUUAUCCUGCUUUAAUGUGCCAGAUAGAAUUACCGGCAGGGCAGGAUUAGAAGAACUUAAAGCAUUGAGUCCUUCCAGGUCUUGGAAUUUCGUGGAGAUCAAUGUUACCCUCGAGGAAUUGAAAACCGCGAGAAAACAGCGGAUAAGCCACUUGGUUUACCCUCUGGACACCGUCUUGGACGACAGCAUUGGUUGCGCUGUGUGGUUUGCCUCCAGAGGAGAAGGUCUGAAGACUCACCAAGGAGUCACAAGACCAUAUAAAAGCCCUGCAAAGGUCAUGCUUACGGGAAUUGGAGCCGAUGAACAGCUCGCUGGUUACUCCCGACACCGCAUUUGCUUUAAAAGAGACGGUUUCGAGGGCUUGAACAAAGAACUGAGAAUGGAGCUGGGUCGUAUUUCUUCUAGAAACCUUGGCCGAGACGACAGAGUGAUCGGAGAUCACGGCAAAGAAGCAAGGUUUCCGUUUCUUGACGAAGGGGUUGUGUCUUUUCUGAACUCUCUCCCUGUGUGGGAAAAGGCAGACUUGACUCUCCCUCAGGGCGUUGGGGAGAAAUUACUCUUGCGGCUGGCGGCUGUGGAGCUCGGCCUCACGGCCUCUGCGGUUCUCCCCAAGAGGGCCAUGCAGUUCGGUUCCAGGAUCGCGAAACUGGAAAGCAGCAAUGAAAGGGCGUCAGACAAAUGCACACGACUCCAGUCAGGCUCAGUAGAAGAUUUCUCCACACAAGGCUCAAAGCCGCUUCAAAAAAAAGUUAAUUACACAGCGGACAGUUUUCUGCAAACUUCGUUAACAGCUGAGGGGGAGGAUUUGUGCUCUUGAAUUGGAGAGGAAACGCCAAUUUUUCACAGUUUUUCUUUUUGUUACUUAAGAAGGUCCAAAGGUGUGUGAAAGUUAAUUUAUGACAGGACCAAGGGGCGUGAGGAAGGGGGUGUGUGGCAGGACAACCUGGUGCGAUGGGCUAGACAGGCUUAUGGAUUUUGCCCUGGCUGAGAGGAGCAAGGAAAUGCGGCCAUCUUGCUGCCAAGCUCUCAGAUUAUUCCAUGAGUGUAAGCUACAACAUAGCCCAGCACAGCCCAAGAGGGAGUUCCUGUGCUCCUCUCCCCGCUCUCAUUCCAGCCCAACCUGAGUUCCCAUCUGGCUGCCAUUUUUAGAUCUCGACCUGGUAUGCGUGGUGCUCCACCUAGCUGAGUCCUGUCACUGUGGAGUUUCUCUGUGUCCCAAUUCUGCUGAGGGAGUAUGGACAUAAACACCUCAAGUGAACUAGCCAGGCCUAGGGGUGUCUAGUGGGCCUAUAUCGUAGCCACUGGCUUUCCUUUCCAUAUCUCUGGCUAGGAUAUCUUGAGCGUCAGACCCCCUUUGCCUGUCCAAGCUCUGUCAGAUUGUGGACGGGUGAAGCAGGCGGCUGACUCUCCUUACCCCAAGCUCACUACAACACCGUUGGCGACAAAGGGAUAUCAAAGGCAUUUAGGACUAAUUUCGACCAGAUUGGACCUGUGAUGUUUCAGAAACUUUUUGUCAUCUGUGAAAUAAAGGGGCUACUUUUUGCCUCA